AGGGCAGCCAAGCGCGUGCCUGUCAGCUGUCAGUGUGCGCUCCAACUUUGCGCGGCGAUCAAUGCGAUUGGGUGAGCUGUAGUUGUCGAAUGUUGAUUGUUGUGUCGGUGUGCUAAAGGAUAUACAUACAAUGCUGGUUGAUUCAGGAAGUGCUUCUGGUUCACCGUCGAUCCUCGACUCGCCGACUCUUGCCAGGGUGGAGAGGGCCAGGCUUAGACAGGAGGCACCCGCUUCUUAUUGUCAGUCCCUGCUACCGGAACGGGAGAUGCAUGCGAUAAAGAAAGGCCUACUGUGGCAGCAGAGAGAAAGACUGUUUUCCCGUUGGAAAGAGCGCUACUUCAUCCUCACAAGAGACUACCUCCACUGCUUCAAACGAUCCUCAGGUCCCGACAAGAUAUCACAACUCGGACAGUUUCUUUUCAAGAUAAAACUUGUGGAAGUGGAAAAAGUGGAGUGGAUUAACAAGAAGAGUUACAGCACGAUUGGCAUCUCACUACAAGCGAGAGAUAGUCGAAUUCUACUACGAGCCUCCGUUGGUCUUGAAGAUUGGUUCGAACUCUUGGAGGAGUGUACCAUGACAAGCAAAGAGAGGCGGAGAGCUCUGAGAAGACUUUGGCCCGGCGACAACACAUCACUGUCUAGCAACUUACAAGACUGGCUUCAUCAACGCAAUCACCUGUCACUUCUCCGGUCCGAUCACCUAUCAGAUUCAGUUCCUGACUUGGACCAACAAACGUCACAGGAUAGUAGUUCACGGGAAGAAGAUCUCUGGAGAAGACCAAACACAUCCGGUCUCGAUCAAAGGCUCUCAUUACUGACUGACAUCGAUAUCAAUAGAUGUGAUGCCCCGAUGCAAACACCUCCUCCUUCGAUUCCUUCUACCUUCAGAGGGCGUCCGUAUAAACUGAACAGCGAUAUAUUCUUCAUGUCAACUGCGCCGAGUGAAAUGCAGACAAUGAGCAGUAGGUAUGGGGGCGGUUCGAUUACACCUUCGUUCUGCAGCGGUCGCUCAAUGCUGACUCCAGUUGGCUCGUUCCGCAGCGGACACUUCUUCAACUCGGGACCUCAGUCCGCACUUACUACCACACAAAUCAAGUACAGAGAUCGUUCUCAAAGCGAUGCCCUCAACUGGAAAUCACGAACAACCGAAAUAAAAAAUCACCGCUCAAGCUACAUAAUGCAAGCAACUCAUGUAUAGUCCUAGAAAAUUCAGUCCUGCAUUCAUCACGUACCUAUCGUUCUUGAACUGUCCUAUGCAGGAGCACCACUAGAAUAAGACGAAUUCUUUUUAAUCGGACUGUUGUUAUAAAAAGUUUUCACUAUUGUUGGUUCUAGCUGAUAAGAAGGGAAUCAGAAGAAAGUAAAUAAGUGUUCACAGAAAAAAAAAGAUUAUAGUCAGUAACAAUAUUAGGCCUUUAGAAUGUCAGUAUGUGUUGUACUGCUCAAUUGCUUUUAACCAAAGAAGGAAAUUUUCAAGUGUUGUAUAGUCCGCUUUCAAAAAUAUUUUCCAUGAGAGGAACCAGUGAAUUUAUAAUUAAGGUAAUAUCUAGUGAUCUUGAAUCCAAUUACAUCACUUAUGAUAAGUUUGUAGAGUAUAUAAUAUAAAUAAUCAACCGAUGAUGUAAUGUACAGUAGGUAUCGGAUUUGUAGUAGUCUUGAGAACCAACUGCCAAUUACCCAUUGAUUAGGCCUGGACAUUUUGUAUUUGAAGUUCGAAGUUGAAGUAAAGUAAACCGUUACUUAAAUAAUAAUAAUUUCAAAGAUAUUUUCAAUACAGUGAAAAUUAUCUGGAUAAAGAAUUUCAAAGCCGCAAAAUGAUGUCAUUUUCUAAUCAAUUAGCCCAACUUCAAAGCUGACGAAAUAUUCAUUUUACAACAAAAUUGAUGAGUAGUAGUUUCAAUAUUGUAGGCUACUCAAUUUCUCUAUAGAAAUUGUAAUGGUUGAUCUUCAAUCUGUUUCAAGCCGUGGUGUGCAGUUAGAUUGUUAAUUAAAAACAAGAUUUUAUUGAAAUAUUUGCUGGCUAUUUUUGUUUAAAAUUACAAGCUAUUUCAAACUAUUACUAUCUAAUCAAGUGAAUGUUUCUAGAGGAGAGAAUUAUUUCUUUGUUUUUAAAAGUAAGCUUUAUUAUUUUUUAUUAUUGAAAACUAAUUUCAGAAAAAAACAUAUAAUUUCCAUACAUUUCAAGAACAUAUUAUUUCCAGUUUGGCAGAUGCUAGAUGAAUGUUUUCAGUUUAUUGAAAUAUUUCAAAAAUAUAAUUAAUUUCAGAUUUUUUAAAUCCAUGACAAUAAUUUCAAUUUCAUUUUAUGAUAAUUUUAAUUCGUUGUGAGGAUAACACUUGUGUUGGAGUUUUUUUAUUUUUCAAUACAGCAAUAAUACAAUAAAAUCAG